AUGAAAAUAAAAUUUCUGAUAACAGUCGGUGAUAAUUUCUAUUUCACUGGUGUCGAGAAUGUUUAUGACGAUCGAUUCGAUAGUACCUUCGCAGAUGUGUAUAAUGGCGAUAUUCUGCAAAAACCAUGGUAUAUGAUUGGUGGUAAUCAUGAUCAUUUCGGUAAUAUUACUGCACAAACAGCUUACACAAACCAAAGCUCGAGAUGGACCUAUCCGUCAUUGUAUUAUAAGGUCUCUUAUAAAUUUAGUGCAAAGAACACAAGUGUUGAUUUUUUGAUGAUUGAUACAAUCGUUUUAUGUGGAAACACACGUGAUAUUGAUAAUGCCGGAUUCUUUGAUAUGAUUUUUGCGGAUGUUUCGAAAAAUCCAAACAAUCCAAGAGAUCCUGAAGCUGCUCGAAAACAGUGGCAAUGGAUUGAGGAACAACUGAGUCAAUCCAAAGCUGAUUACUUAUUUGUGGCUGGGCAUUAUCCCAUAUAUUCGGUUUCGGAGCAUGGUCCAACGCAAUGUCUCGUCGAUAAAUUGAAUCCACUUUUGAGGAAGUAUAAAGCAUCAGCUUACUUUUCUGGACACGAUCAUAAUUUACAGCAUUUAAUGAUCAAAGAAACAUAUGAUUCGGAUGGUGAAGAGCAGUCGUUGAAAGAUGAAUCAGAGCCAUCAGUAAUGCAUUAUAUUAUUUCUGGAGCUGGAUCUCGAAGUGAUCGAUCAAUGAAACAUAAGAACAACGUUCCGGUGGGAUCUCAUUUAUUCAGCUAUCCAACUGGAUUCAAUCCAUUCUCUCAAUUAGGCUUCACGAAUGGAGGAUUUGUUGGCGUCGAAGUAAGCGAUCAAUCAGCCAAUUUCAAAUUCUUCAGUGGUGAAAGUCAACAAAAAUACGAUUGUUCGAUUAGACGUCGAAUUUUUUAA